UCCUGAAGAUGUUUUCAAGAUGUAGAAUUCUUAUAUGUGAAGUAUCCCAAAUGAAAUUGGAGCAUCCAUGUUGAGAUAACUUCAUGUUGUGAAAUUGAAGAAUGCCACUGGAAAGCUACAUCAUGAGCGGCUUGGGCUUCUAAAGUGUCCAGUGGAUUUUUAAUCAGAUGAGGGUUAUGAGAAGAGACUCAGAGCAAAGCACUGCAAGUGGCCACCACCAGCAUGAGGAGCCCAAUAAUCCAAACUGGUUCAUUUCAAACAGUUGGCUUGUGGGACUCUAAGAGAUGCUGCUAUCCAUGACAUGUUGGAAUUAUCAUGAUCAACUACUCAGUUUGGAUUUCACCCAGUGGCCAAGAGCUUUGUGUGAUAGACGGCAAGGGUUGGAUUUUUAAAAAGAGUAAACCAGGCCCGUAACCAAGGUGUAGACUAAGAAGUGGAGUCAUGCUUCACACGGCCAUAUCAUGCUGGCAGCCAUUCCUGGGUCUGGCUGUGGUGUUAAUCUUCAUGGGAUCCACCAUUGGCUGCCCUGCUCGCUGUGAGUGCUCUGCCCAGAAUAAAUCCGUUAGCUGCCACCGAAGACGGUUGAUUGCCAUCCCAGAAGGCAUUCCCAUCGAGACCAAAAUCUUGGAUCUCAGUAAAAACAGACUGAAAAGCAUCAACCCUGAAGAAUUCAUAUCUUAUCCUCUGCUGGAGGAGAUAGACCUGAGUGACAACAUCAUCGCCAAUGUGGAACCAGGAGCAUUUAACAAUCUCUUUAACCUGCGUUCCCUGCGCCUGAAAGGCAACCGCCUGAAGUUGGUCCCUUUGGGGGUAUUCACUGGGCUGUCCAACCUCACCAAGCUUGACAUUAGUGAGAAUAAGAUUGUCAUUUUACUGGACUACAUGUUUCAAGAUCUGCAUAACCUAAAGUCCCUGGAGGUGGGGGACAAUGAUUUGGUUUAUAUAUCACACAGGGCCUUUAGUGGGCUGCUUAGCCUGGAGCAGCUCACCCUAGAGAAAUGCAACUUAACAGCAGUACCAACAGAAGCCCUCUCCCCCCUCCGCAGCCUCAUCAGCCUGCACCUGAAGUAUCUCAAUAUCAACAAUAUGCCCGUGUAUGCCUUUAAAAGAUUGUUCCACCUGAAACACCUGGAGAUUGAUUUUUGGCCUUUACUGGAUAUGAUGCCUGCCAAUAGUCUCUAUGGUCUCAACCUCACAUCCCUUUCAAUCACCAACACCAACUUGUCCACCGUACCUUUCCUCGCCUUUAAACACCUGGUAUACCUGACCCACCUUAACCUCUCCUACAAUCCCAUCAGCACUGUUGAGGCAGGCAUGUUCUCUGAUCUAAUCCGCCUUCAGGAGCUUCACAUAGUAGGGGCCCAGCUCCGCACCAUAGAGCCUCACUCCUUCCAAGGGCUCCGCUUCCUUCGUGUGCUCAAUGUGUCUCAGAAUCUGCUAGAAACUUUGGAAGAGAAUGUCUUCUCCUCCCCCAGGGCUUUAGAAGUCCUGAGCAUCAAUAACAACCCACUGGCCUGUGACUGCCGUCUCCUCUGGAUCCUGCAGCGACAACCCACCCUGCAGUUUGGUGGCCAACAGCCCAUGUGUGCUGGCCCAGAUACCAUUCGUGAGAGGUCAUUCAAGGAUUUCCAUAGCACUGCUCUUUCUUUUUACUUUACCUGCAAAAAACCCAAAAUCCGUGAAAAGAAGCUACAGCAUCUGCUGGUAGAUGAAGGGCAGACGGUCCAGCUCGAAUGCAAUGCUGAUGGAGACCCACAGCCUGUGAUUUCCUGGGUGACACCCCGAAGGCGUUUUAUCACCACCAAGUCCAAUGGAAGAGCCACAGUGUUGGGUGACGGCACCUUGGAAAUCCGCUUUGCCCAGGAUCAGGACAGUGGGAUGUAUGUUUGCAUCGCUAGCAAUGCUGCUGGGAAUGACACCUUCACAGCCUCCUUAACUGUGAAAGGAUUCACUUCAGACCGCUUCCUUUAUGCCAACAGGACCCCUAUGUACAUGACCGAUUCCAAUGACACCAUUUCCAAUGGCACCAAUGCCAAUACUUUUUCCCUGGACCUUAAAACAAUACUGGUGUCUACAGCCAUGGGUUGUUUCACAUUCCUGGGAGUGGUUUUAUUUUGUUUUCUCCUCCUUUUUGUGUGGAGCCGAGGGAAAGGCAAGCACAAAAACAGCAUUGACCUUGAGUAUGUGCCCCGAAAAAACAAUGGUGCUGUUGUGGAAGGGGAGGUGGCUGGACCAAGAAGGUUCAAUAUGAAAAUGAUUUGAGGGCCCACAAUUCACACUAAUGUCUCUGUGUCAUUGUUGGUAAUCAGUAAGACAGUCUGGCACAGUAAAUUACUAGGUUGAGAGGCAGCUUCAUACAGCUGCCCUAUGUCAACGCAGGGUCCGUGGAAGCAGGAGGACUUCUUAUGGAGACUUUCCAACUACAGGCAGGCAGGCAUGUGUCAGAGCCCUUCACACAGUGGGAUACUAAUUGUUUGCAUUGCAAAUAUUGGCAUUCUGGGGAUCUCAGUAACGAACCUUUGGCUCAUGCUCAUGGACAAUUCAGCAUUUUCUACCACAGGAAAAAAAAAAAAAAGAAAAAAUACAAAAGAACAACCUACAAUGUAGGAUUUACAUAUUAAAGACACAUUUGUCUAAAACACACUCUACAGAAAAAUUUGUAUCUAUGGUUAUCAUUUGUUAAAGCCUUGCAUCAUACCAUAUUGUUGGUUCAGUACCACGAAAAGAUCAAUAUAUUCUUUAUAUUUUCUUUCUCUUUUUUUUGAAACAUAUAUGCUGUAUAUGUUUUAAAGCAAUAUGAAUGAGAGGUUGUGCUUUUAGUUACUCACUACUGUAGAUCUAAGUGUGAUUUCACCUUCCUUUACCUAAAGAUCAACCCAAGACUAGAUCCCUGGAGUUAUGGCAGAGAUAUGUUGAGAGAUGCAUUUGUCUGAUGUAGGAUGCCAAGAAACAGGACCCAAGGCAAAACUGCUCAACUCUGUUAACUUCUGUUACUAUAAAUAAAGGCAUGUGCCUAGUUUUGAUACAGAAUGGAAUAUUUUUUAUACUUGUAAUAUCACACUUGACCAGUUUACUGUAACAAAGCCCUUGGUUUCUCCAGAAGGUGGUAGAUGUACUAGAUGUACCUGUAA